AAGGGUAAAUUCGAAAUUGAAAUUGUUAUGGCAUAGGCCUAAAACCCCAAAAGCCAAAACCCUUCACUACCGUGACAUACGUUCGGUUGAAUAAACAAAAAAUGACAGGCGUGAAGCUCCUCCUUUCUCAGGCACGCCGCCUCUCCCUCCCCCAAUUCUCCUCUUCUCCUUUCCUUCCUCUUAACAGAUUCCUCUCUUCCUCUUCUUCUUCCUUUCCUCCCCAAACUGACUCCGAAUCCUCUGUCGACAACCAUUCCCAAUCCCUUCCCAUUCAACCAGUCUCCUACGCCCCCAAGCCCAAAGACCCAACCCCCCCUCACCCACAACAAGAACAACAACAAACACAACCAGACCAAAACCCUCAACAUGCACCAGCAGCCCCCGAAGGGCCUCGAUCCAUGUGGAGCCGGGAAGACCUCCGCUAUGUCAAAGAUUUACCCAACAUCUCACCCGUGUCGUAUCCUGUACGCGUGGCCCCUCUCCCCGAGGAUCGCUUGUUGGUGUCUGAACAAGAUGGGGAGAUGAGGAAGGAAGAAAGCGAGGAGAUGGUGAGAGAGAGCGGAAGAAUUCAGGCCGAGAGUCGAGUUUGGAGGAGACCUUUUAGGAUUGCGGCUCAGGAGGAGAAAGUUGUGAUUCCCUUUCCUAUGCUGAUUAACCCUGCGAAGAAGACCGAGAAGCGGGCUGUUCUUGAUUUGAUGGACGCCAUUAGGGAAGUGAAGGCUAAUGCCAAAGCGAAGUUUGACGAAACUGUUGAAGCACAUGUGAGGUUGGGUAUCGACCAAAAGCGAUCUGAGCUAAUUGUUCGUGGUACAAUGGCACUUCCUCAUGGUGCUAGGAAGGAAGUUAGGGUUGCCGUCUUUGCUGAAGGAGUAGAUGCUGAUGAAGCUAGAGCAGCUGGAGCUGAUAUUGUUGGUGGUGCUGAACUUAUCGAGGAAAUUGCAACUUGUAUCCAUGCAGGCACUGGCAAGAUUGAUUUUGACCGAUGUUUCUCAACUCAUGGUUUCAUGAAACGUCUUUAUAAGAUAUCAAAGAUUCUGAAUCAGCAUGGUCUGAUGCCAAACCCCAAACAAGGUACUGUAACCAAAGAUGUAACCAAGGCAGUCAAAGAUGCAAAACAGGGUCAUGUAAAAUUCAGAAUGGACAAAACAUCAAUUGUGCAUGUCGGACUUGGAAAGGUGAGCUUGUCAGAGGAGUUUUUGCGUGACAACGUUGGUGCAUUUAUGAAUUCUAUUUUGCAAGCAAAGCCCGCAGGAUUAAAGAAGACUUCCAAGUAUGCUGGGUAUGUGAACUCCUUCCAUAUCUGCAGCACUAUGGGUCCAGGUUUUCUUGUCUCAAUACAGUCAUUGACCAGAGCGGCAGAUAACUAUAACAAAGUGUAUCUUAAUGCCUGAGUCAUUUACCCGGACCAGCAGAUCACAACUACAGCAAGAUGCAUUUUAAUUCCUGAGUGGAUAGUUCCUUAGCGACGAAUGUGCAUUCACUGAAACCCUUUCAUUCCUCUUAAAGAUGAAAGGUCCUAUGUAAUGCCAAGAUGUAGGUAUAGGAUGAUGAAUAGUUUGAAUUUUUUUUUUGUAAUAUGCUGAUAUUCAUAGCAGCUUUAGAUCUGUCCCUGCUGGUAUAAACCAAGGUCAGUGUCUUUUUAGUUUUUCAUUGUGUUGCCCCAUUUUUUCUCAAACAUUUUGUCAAAAUGCUUUCAGUGGGUUGAAGAUGACAACACCCAAUAUUUCAACAUGCUGCUUUUUUAUUUGUCAACCUUGUUGAUAAAGUUUUCUUGAUUAUUAAUUCAUCAGCAAUUAAGCAUGCAUAAUAAGCUUGUCAGUGUCUGUUGUUAGAUUAUACUCUUAGGUAUUACUGAAAGUUUCACAAGUGGGUUUAUACAAUUAACUCCUAUUCAUUUAGUAAUUCUGUAAACUUAAUAAUUUUGAAAUUAUAUUCAAAUGUGCAUUGGCAAUUCUAUAAAUUUAUGAGUUUAAAACUUCUUUUGUUAGUGGAUGACAUGAAAUAAUAGUUUUAGGUGUAAAGAAUUAGUCCUACCACUUUUGUUGAUUACUUUAAAAUACCAUUUGGUAUCAUUUUCAGAAUUAAUCAUGGUAAUUUAAUUAU